AGCUGGACAUUUAGCUAGCAACACAAUGUAUGACAAGAUGCACACAAACAGUUUGUGUGUUUGCUGAUGUUUUUUAAGCUAAUAGAAACUUUGCGUAAACCCCCUUUAUGCCCCUUUUCAGUAGUGCUAACCAAAUGUUAGUAGCUAGCUAGCAAGCUAGCUGAAGUACUGCAACCGCAACCUUUGGACACCUGCAGUCAUUCCGUUGUUGUGGCAAAAACACAAACAAAUAAACAAACAACAACAAAAUCCAGCCCACUUUUAACUCCUGACUUUGGCACAUGUCAUCCUCUGAUGACUAAUAAAUGAACAGAACUGGCUUUUAUGUGUUACUGGCUCAAAUUAGUUUGAUGUUCUCAGUGGCUCUCAGUGAUGAAAUAAUAACUCCCCCCAAAUGCCUUAAACCAAGAGUAAUGAGCCUGUUUUGAAAAUGUAAUGAAUAAAAAGUACAGAAGAGAGUACAGUUUAAAAAUGUAGGGAGUAUAAUUAAAAGUAAAAAAGGUCAGAAAAAAACACUUAAGUAUAGAUACCUGCAAAUUCAACAUAACUACAGUAAUGAAGUAUUUAUACUUUGUUACUUCCCACCUCUGUUAAUCAGUAACAGCACUGGUGUAAAGGGGACCUUUAAAUAUCUUUUAUCUGUUUUCUGAAUUCCUAUUAAAGCAGUAAUGGAACAAGUAGUUUUGUAUAGGAUUGCAUAGAUUACUGUGAUUUUUUUUUUUCUUUUUUCAGAAAGACAGGAGCUGUCCUGUCUUGACAUGUAUGUCACUAUAUUGACAUUGAUAAUUAAUCAUGGUUAGAAUAUCCUGGGAUCUUGAAGGUCUCCUGAAUCCUAACCACAUGUUGCUGAACUGGAAAUGGGGCUGCUCUAAACUCACAAUAUUUGUAGACCAUGGGUAAAUACUUGCACACAGAAGUAACUCAUACACUGAGACCCGGACUACACAUAAACUUAGUGGCACUGGAGUUAAAAAGACAUAGAGACUGACUAGAGAGACAAAAGGACUCAAGAUGUAAGAACCAAACAACCAUGAAGACAUCAGACAGAUACAGGGUGUUAUGGCCCGUCUAGGCGCGGCCAGACCACAACACAAAGGGUGAUCCAUCCCCGUCCAACCCCAAGCAGCACGUCACACACUUAAUACUUUGUGACAGUGAUUUAUUUACAAUAAGUGCAUUUAAACAAAGGAAGGGAGCAAAUUAUAACUUCAGGGUGAACCCAAGGCCAAAACAACAAACAAAAGGUAGCCUAACUCAGGAAUAAGUACAACUUACCUAGUCAAAAGAACCAAACCAAAUGACAAGUACUUUCCUCCCUGACUAGCAAAAACAGGAGAAAACUAAUCAAACAAAAAGGCGGUCCACCCCUACAUGCUCUUACAUUCCACAAACAUAGUGACACAGUGAACGGUCUGCCGGCUGGGUUGGGCGGAGGAUGAAUGACCUGGGAGUCCCUGGCGGUGGCUUCUUAUGCGCUGCCUCCCGGUCGUGAGCCAAUCGGUGAUCCAUCCGCCCUGGAUGCACCAAUCAUGGAGGAGCACCUGCACACUCAAAUUUGCAUGUUAUAAUUACGGCAACAGUCGUAACAAAGGACACAACUGGGGAGACAGACACAAUAACAAAACACUGAUAUACUGAUGACAUGACCGAGGUGGGACUGGGACAGACUGGACACAAAAAGAAUAAAGGAAAGACGAAGCCAAGGUUCUGAGGUAUGUCAAUUUUAUGGUCAAGCCAGAUAGUGAAGGGUUGCUCAGCUCCGUCCAACAUAUAGCGCCACCCCUCCAAAGUGAGUUUCACUGCCAACAGCUCUCUUUCACAUACAUCAUAGUUCCAGUAGGCAGGGGCUAAACUAUGUAAAAAGAGCCUGCAGCUUGGCUUGAGGACCCGAACACUGGGAGACCAACACUCCAACCCUAGUGUGAGAGGCGUCAACCUCAACAAUGAAUGGUGUGUUAAUUUCAAGGUGAAUCAGGACUGGUGCAGAGGUGAGCAGUUUUUUAGUUUAGAGAAAUCUGUAUCUUAAUUGUGAUCUCAUUUAAACAAAGAUAAUCUAUAAAACCAGCAUCAACCGGGUAUGAAGACAGAUGAAUGAAGCCAGCCGUUUGGCCUCCUGUUUGGGCCUGGAUGGGUUAUAUAGGAGGAAGAGGAGGAGGUAAAUAGCGGAGUCAUACGGCCUGCGUACUAAAAAUCUGCUUAGCUCUUGAUAUUCCUGUGGUGACUGAGGUGAGAUCCGGAGGACUGUCCUUGAUGUGAGGUGAUUCCGUACGUCCUGGUGGAAGGGCUGAGGUGAGACAAUUAGCCAAACAGAACAGGCUCCAGUUAGCGAUUUUGUGCCCAGACCAGUCUGUUUGGGGAUUAUAUUUUCUUAACCAAGGGUAACCAAGAAUUAACAGGGUGUUAGGGGAUCUAAACAUGAAAAGUGUGAGAACCUCUUGGUGUUUACCAGACAUGACCAAGGUGAUGGGCUCAGUCUGAUGAGUGAUGUGUUUGUUUGGUUAAAAACUGCAGGUUGUUUGAAUGCUCAAAUAUUAACUUUCUGUGUUCCAGAUUUUAAACAGACCCUAGUAGAGAUUAUUUACCAGAUACCUUUGAAUGUUGAAACAGGUUAUUCAUUUCAAGAAGCUUUUACAAAUAUGCACAACUUGUGUUUCUGAAAGAGAAACGUGGUCAAAUUUGAUGAAAUUGGUGAGCUAGUGCACUAGAAUAGUUUGAUAUUUAUGAAAGCAUCUAGGACCAAGUGUUCUUUGUUCCACUCCAACAAAAAUAAACUGUAAUCUGCUCAGUUAGUAUAUAAUAAGAGGCAGAACAGGUAGAAUGAGUUGCACUCUGCUCAUCUCAGCUCUUCACUUCUCUUACAAAUUGAGGGUUGGAGCAGUUUCCUCAACCACAGAGCAGGACCAGUCGACCUCUGGAUAGUAAUUUCUUUUACAGUGAUGGCUCUUCAGCACAGUGUCCUCUCUCCGGUCUUCACGUGUCUCUGUUCACUAAUGUACAUAUUCAGUACUGGACUGGUUGUUGUGGUUGCAGUUUUGACUGUGAGGCACAUCUGGUACUCUCGCAGGCUGUCAUGUUUCAGCAAACCACAGACACGUUCAUGGCUGUUGGGCCAUCUUGGGAAGAUACGGAAUACAGAAGAAGGUCUCCAGCAGAUGGAUGACCUGGUGAAGACAUACAAACACUCGUGCUUCUGGUUCCUCGGUCCUUUCUAUCACCUGGUCAGACUCUUCCACCCUGACUAUGUCAAACCUCUGCUAAUGGUACCUGCCAGCAUGACAGUAAAAAAAGGGCUCAUUUAUAACCACCUACAGCCUUGGCUAGGACACAGUGUGUUGAUCAGUAAUAGCGAGGUGUGGUCUCGCAAGAGACGACUGCUGACUCCAGCUUUUCAUUUUGAUGUUUUGAAGAACUACAUUACCAUAUUUAACUCCUCGUCUAAAAUCAUGCAUGACAAGUGGUGCCGACUUGUGGCAGAAGGCAAAACUAAUCUAGAAAUGUUUGACCACGUCAGUCUGAUGACUCUGGACAGUUUACUGAAAUGUGCCUUCAGCUAUGACAGCAACUGUCAGGAGUCUCCCAGUGAGUACGUGUCAGCCAUAGUGCAGCUCUGUGACCUGGUAGCACAGCGGCAGCACAACAUUUUACAUCACUGGGACUGGAUUUACUGGAAGACUCAGCAGGGGAAACUGUUCAAACAAACCUUAAAUAUUGUACACAGAUUCAGCAGGGAUGUGGUUCAGAAGAGACGUGCCCUUCACAAAAAACAGAGGGAGAUAAUAACACAAUCUGUUGCCCCGACAUCACAGAGGAGGAAAGAUUUUGUGGACAUUCUACUGCUGACAAGGGACGAAGACGGACGAGGCCUAACAGAUGAGGAGAUACAAGCUGAAGCCAACACCUUCAUGUUUGCAGGUCAUGACACAACAGCCAGUGCCAUCUGCUGGAUGCUGUAUAAUUUAGCACGCCAUGAACACUAUCAGGAAAAAUGCAGACAGGAAGUGAUGGACCUGAUGGAGGGACGAGAUGGACAAGAAAUCAAGUGGGAGGAUCUGUCCAACCUUCCCUUCACCACCAUGUGCAUCAAAGAGAGCCUCAGACUCCACACUCCUGUACAGGCUGUAUCACGGAGUUACACCCAGGACAUGGUGCUGCCAGGAAAUCGAACAGUCCCAGCGGGUACAGUCUGCCUGGUCAGCAUUUACGGAACACACCACAACCCUAUUGUUUGGACAAACCCAAAUGAGUUUGAUCCCCAUCGAUUUGACCCAGGCAACAAAAUGAGCCAAGCUUCUCAUGCCUUCAUCCCCUUCUCUUCAGGCCCCAGGAACUGCAUUGGUCAGAAAUUCGCCAUGACAGAGCUUCAAGUUGUAGUGGCCCUGACCCUUCUCAGGUUUCGACUGACCCCAGGGGUGAACCCUGAACUCGGGAGCAGCAGAGUUCGCCGUCUUCCCCAAAUUGUCCUGCGUGCAGAGGGAGGCCUGUGGCUGCAGCUGGAGCCUCUGAACACACUCAGACUGAACAAACAGUCAGAGGAAUGAUCCACAAAGAUAAUACUUGAACUUAAUUUUUAAUAAAGUGUCAAGAAAAGAUCAGCUA